AUGCCGCCGAAAGAGAAAAGAACGGCAAGUCAGACUGAGACUCAAGCUGCGGCAGCAAAGAAGGCAAAGACUGGUGAGGCUGCAAAGACUGAUGUGCAACCUACACCUGUCCAGCCUUUGGUGCCGCCCGCUGCGAGUGCAGCAUCAGGGAGCGUGGGUGUGGUUGAGUGGCCGUCCGAGGAGGAUGCCAAGACCACUGACGGCUUCGGUAUGUUGCGUAAAGUCAUUCCCUUUGCAACUUGGCCGCCCUAUCCGGUAAAAGCAAAGCUGCCAGAGCUUCUGUUUAAAUUGAACCUCGGAAAGUCUGCUGCGACCCCGUUGCAUGAGCAUGAGCCCUUGGAUGUUGGCCUGGCUUCGCAGCAAGACGGGUACAAAGAAGAGAUGUGGCGGCCCAGCAACGCUGCCACGUGCUUGCAGAAUGGUCUCUAUGAAGCAGGUGGUGUCGUCACCUGGUUGAACCCGCUUGACAACAGUUUCCUUGACGUGGACUCACCUAGCUUUGACCAGAUUCUCACUUGUGAGAAGCGCUUUGUGCCGCAAGAUUUCGAUCAGAAGCAGCGCAUUCUUUUCCCCUUUGCAGUCCAUUGCUUUCUACCAGAAGGUAGCGUUCCUGACCAGAACAGCUUUCCAAAGACUCUUUUUGUGAUCGCUGGACACGCCAUGGUUGUGAAGAUGUGCCGCGCCAUCCAAGCUUCGGACAACGAUUCGGUCCAGUUGCUUUGGCAAUGUGGGCGGAGUGUGACUUUGACAUGUGUUUCUGGUGGCGACAAGACGUAUUUGCUGCAACGCAGCCUCAUGGCCUCAGAGGAUUACCAGACAGCCAGUGAGUUGACUGACACUUGGAGCCAUUGGGCAGCAAAGGUGAACCAGUUGCUCAGCACCUUCUCCAGCAAAAAGCCAGCUGAGCAAGAAAAGUUUCUCAAGGCACGGGACAUUUCCUUUCGAGGUGCGCAGGCUAGCAAGGCUUUGGUGAAUGGAAUUGUCGCCAUGCGCCGCUUUUCGGCGGAAUGCUUGGAAGGCUUGAAAAUGAUCGACAAGGAGUUCGGAGUUGCUGUGUUCAAUUCUGGCUACGUGAAGUUGGUGCGUCUGUCGCAAAUUGCUGCAUCACUGCCUGCAGAGGCAUCGCUUUUUCAAAAGCCGGGGGUGAUCGAAGAUGCCCUUUUGUGGGUGCUUCAUGCGGCUUAUGUGGCAUUGAAGCGUGAGCAAGCCCAGCCAGCAUUCUUCACCUCGAAGAACUUGGAUGGAGGCAAAGAUGCAGGGGGCUGGUUCCAUGUGACCUUGUCGAAAUACCUCCUUCUUGAGCACAUGAUCCACGUCGUGGAAACGUUGCAGGUAGAGUCUUCCAAGGAUUUGCUAGCAGCCCUCCAAGCCAUUCGGAGACCUCUUCUCUUCCAUUCUCUGUACCCAGUUGAUGCAGAGGAAGAUCAUGGUCCACUUCUUGCCGGAGCCAGCAAACGUUGGUACGGCUUGGCCUUGGCUUUGUAUUUGAACGAGUACGAUGAGAAACCGGGUGUGACGGAGAUUUUGUAUGACGGAGAGAGUUCGUUCAAAGACUUGGACCUUCACCAGGAGUGGACGGCAGCACUGGCAGAGCUUGGCAAAGUUUCAGAGAUCGUGCAAGUUUCUGAGACUGGUGAGCGGCGGCAAAAGGAAAGAGAUGAGAUUUGGCGCCAGGCGCAGGCUUUGCGCAAGAAAGUCGUCAACUUGGCUUUCGGGCGCACAGAAGGAGAUCUGAACGCCCUGUGGAACAAGCCCGUGGCAGAGGAAGUGAAAUCUUUCGCUGGGGAGUUGAACGAGUCGCAUCGUUUGUGGGUGUUGUCCACAGAGUUGCUUGAAGAGAAGCAAUUGACGCCUUGGAGCGCCAUUGGAAGUCUCACUGACAAAGGCGAUGCCAAGAACUUGCUUAAAUUCAUCCAGAGCAAUGCGAUCAAGCCGUUCGACUUCGUGCUUGUCUGGGAUGGCCGCUCACUGGCCAACCGGAAGUUCCUAGAUGAAGAGCUCAAAGUUUUGCAGAACGCCUCCACCAACACGGAGCUUUGGAUUAGCUACAAGGGAGCUUCUCGGGUUGGCCGUCGAGUUUUCGGAGGUUCUGUGACCAAAGAGAUUGGCUACCUGAAGUCCAACGUUGCGAGGGUGCGGCUGUCAACAAAGCCACGCGAGGACAAAUUUGUGGACAAGAGUGGAGGCGAUGAGAUUAGCACCUAUGACACUGGCUUUGUUGGCGUUGACCUGCCUGUGCUGACAUCUUUGCCGCGCAUGUUGGAAGCCGAAAAGGAGCAAAUCUUGGGCAAGAACAACAGCGGGGCCAAGCCAGCUGCGUGGACUGAGAGCUGUUGGGAAGCCAUCAUCGGCCUCACCGGUGCAAAGUGCAUCAUUGAUGCCACGGCAGGCAGCGGAGCCUUGGCUAAGGCUGCCAUGCGUUCCAACUUGCAGUACCUCGGAAUUUGCAAGAACAAGUCCCACAUGAAUUUCUUGCAGAACGUCAUCGACAUGCACGCCAUUCGCUGCCUGUCCCAAAGUUCCCAUCCGCUGUACCAGCAGUCGCUCAGUGACUUGCUGUGCGAGCACUUUCACGAGGAAGUUAAGGGCCAGAAGGAUUCGAGUGAUCCUUUGACGCCAGAGGAGUUGUUGGCCUUGCAAGGCGAAAACGAAGUGAAUGAUCUGGCGGCCGGCAGCCUUGCGGUGGAGAGAUG